AUGAUGUCAACUAUCGUAUGCAGAAGGUUAUUAAGUGUGCGGUGUGUAUGUGUGUGUGUCGUACGAGACAGACACACCUCUGAGGUCAGGUUACAGUCGAGUAGGCAGAGACAAAAAAAUGUACUCCUAGUGGUAUUCUAACAGUUUCUUCACCCGUCGCUGCGUUUCUCUGUGAGACGUCUGUAAGACCAAGAUGGAUAAGUUGUCCAAGCGUUACUUUGAGAACAGGUGUCUGUGGACAUCUCUGAUUAUUUCAGCAUUCCUGUCUGGAGGCGUUCUGGCCGGUGAUUGGGUGGUCCAUGUUCCCGUGAACCCCAUCCUGGCUCCUCAGGGCUCCACGGUGAUGCUCCCCUGCACUUACGACUUCCCCGACGAGUCUGGAUCACGUCAAGUGCAGUCCGAGAUGUGGUGUCUGAACCAGAGCCUGUGCAUCACACCCACCUACGUGUACCACAGUGCCAACAUCUUCCCCGAGCCUGUGUUUCAGGGCCGGGUCCAGUACCUGGGCUCGCUCGGCUCCAAAAACUGCUCUCUCAGGAUAAGCGACCUGAGGAUAAAGGACAGUGGCGUGUACGUGUUCCGCUUCAUCACCAACCACCCUGUGAGCAAACUGCCUGAGCAGAGGGGUGUCAUGCUAAGAGUGACAGCAAAAGGAAGCAGCUCUGCCGCCACCGUUGGCAUUGUGCUUGGAGUUCUCCUCCUGCUCACAGUAAUGGUCACCAUUUUUGCUUGUUCCAAAAGACAUGCUGCCUCAAAAUCCCUCCAGCCAGUGCUUAACGAUGAAUGCAACCUGUGAUUGUUAACAGAUCAACAGCAGGACUGUACCUUCUGUAUUUAGAUUAUAUUUAUUCAAUUUACUCACUGUGUCAUAAAGGGUAGCUGUAUAAAUGUAAGCUUAGACAUCAGGUUAUUACAGUAUGUUUCAUUAGAAUUUAAAGUCUUCAAACAUGGUUAUGAGUUCAUGAUGUAAUAACAGUGCAGUCUUUGUGAAUUAUAUAUUUACUGUUUUUUUUUAUUCUAUUAAAACUAUACAGAUUUUUUAAAAAUAAUAAGCCACUGAUCCUAACUUCUAUCCAAGUGCAGUAUAUUUUUGAAAGUCUAAUGCAUAUCUUUGUAAAGAUGAUAAAUAAAUGAUACAUUUCUCAAU